UUUGUUUCUGUUGUUGGUCACGGAGUAAAGUUGAUGUGUUACAUGAAUGGCGUGCGUGUCGUAUGGAGCUAAACCGAUACAGAUCCUCUUCCCGUUUGCGUCUGGCCUGAGAACGAACAUAAAAUGUAGACACCUGAGCUUAAGGAAGACUUACAGACACUAUUGUUCAAAGAAUGGUACCAACUUCUCGCCCCAAAAAAACACCAGCAGUUCGGUAGCACGGUGGAGUCCGUGGCGAUGGUAUAACGCAACGCUAAAGAGAAGACCUUUGAUUACGAAAUGUGUCACAUCAGGAGUGUUGUAUGGUCUUGGUGAUGUCGUAGCCCAAAAGAUAUGGUCACCAGAAACAAAACUCGACAGACAAAGAAUCCUAAGAGGUAUCGUGUACGGUACAAUCAUAGCUGCUCCACUUGGCCAUCUUCAUUUCAAUUUUUUAGAAUGGCUUGUGGUAAAGAAGGUUGCAGUUCGUUUAGCUUUGGUUCCUUUUGUUAAGGUCUUCAUUGAUCAGUUUGUCUAUUGGGCUCCAACUCUUGUAUUUCUAUAUCAUGUAAGUAUGGGAAUAAUGGAGGGUCUUAGCUAUGACCAGUGCAUUAAAAAAUUAAAAGAACUUUAUUGGCCUACUUUGCAAGCAAAUUGGAUGAUGUGGUUUCCCCUGCAGAUUUUGAAUUUUAAGUUUAUUCCUGUAGCUCAUCAGUUAAACUUUUGUUUAGUAGUUGGAAUGUUUUGGUCAACUCUUCUUAGCUAUAUUCGAGGAAAAGGUACGUCGAGAGAAGAGGAGACGGGCGGAACAGUUUAUGAAGAAAUGGAGGUUGAUGUCAGGUGACAGCCUCCUGUCACUCAAGGUCUUUGAACCAUAUAAAUAAUAGAACUGAGGAAAUGAAAGGAAUGGAAGGGGAGUUUUCCUCUUCAGUUCCUUUUAGUAAAACAUCAAGACCUAAAAAGGGUCAUAUAUAUAUACAUGUAUAGGCACCAUGUAUGCAGUAGCAUUCACUUUUAAGACCCGGGGCCCCCGAGGUCUCAGACUGUCCAACGUGCACCAUGCUUGUAAAGAAGUGGCUCGCGAUCCCCCCUCCCAAUGCAAGAAAGGUCAAGCCAAAAAAAAAUACAGUUGUCAAUCUGGGCUUGUAGUUAUACAGCAAGCUAAGCGAUGUCAAGAAAACAUUAACAUUCUUGGCAUUUUCAAAGAAUUAAAAACUCUGCAGCGAGAAUAGUAUCUCGAACCAAAAGAUGUGAACGUAUUACACCAGUUCUAAGAAAACUCCACUGGCUCGCCAUCAAGAAUAGAAUUAUCUACGAGAUACUUCUAAUUGUCUACGAGUUCUUCAUGGUCUUGCUCCAGAAUGUAUGAGUAAACUACUUCAACCAUACAAGCCAACGAGAGUCCUAAGAACAGGAUCCAAACAACAACUUAAAGUACCUUCAUCAAGAACAAAUUACUACGGUGGACGUGCGUUCUCAAUCUACGCACCAAAGUAUUGGAACACUCUACAAUUAUACAUCAAGCAGUCUGCUUCUCUGGAUUCCUUUAAGAAGGAACUUAAGACUUUUCUUUUUUGCAAUGAAACAAAUUUUUGAUAUCGCUAAUAUCACUGAUAUGAUAUUUUAACAUGAUAUAUAUCUGUACAUAUUUCUGCAUUCUUUUUAGCUAUUAUUUAUAUGUYUGGAGAUUUGAUCAAUAUCUGCAAUUAAUCAAUUAACUAUUCUUUUAUUCUUUUUUCUUAUUUUAUUCUUUUAUUCUUUUACUUUCAAAAUUUCUAAGUAUUUGUUAUAAGAACAUUGAGACAGGUGUAAUGGGCUAUACAAGAAUUAAAGUUAUUAUUAUUAUUAUUUUUUUGGUUGAAGCCACGUCUUAUCAAUAUUGGCUAGAAAUCUGCCUCUUAGCAGCGACUCGAUAGGAAAAUGAAUGGCCGUGGCUACCAGUACGGUUGGUCCGGUUAUAAUAGCCCACUUCCGAGAUAUUCUUCGCUUGUCACGCACAAAGGUUUCAGUAUGAGGCUACUUGCUAAAUACUCAGCUUAUAAUUUAGCACGUAGCCUCAUACUGAAACCUUUGUGCGUGAUAAGCGAAGCAUAUCUCGGAAGUGGGCUAUUGCGGAGCACUUUUUGCCACUUCAGUCAUAAAUUUUUCACUUGCUCGUAAAAAGGAUUUAUUAAACGAAACAGUAGCUAUCGCUGUAGCCCUGAAUUAACAAUUCACAUCCUAACAAUUGACUUCCAUUUGAUCUAAGUGGGAGGUGGGGAAGGCAAUAGGGCCGGGAGAGCAUAAACUGAGAGAGGGCCGGAAACUUGUUAAUGACGCGCCCGCCAUGAAAAUUCUCGGUUGUGCUAUUUCCUCUUAUUGAAUAUAUCAGAAAGAUCGUUGUGAUGAUUUCUGAUUUCACCAGAUCUUUGGUUUUUAAACACUUCAAAUUAUGAAAUAAAGGAUUAGUAUGA